UUAAAAGCUCUGGUUUGGCUGGAACUCUAUGUUUUAUUAGUUUGGCUGUCUCUGAGGUAGCAUUUGUGGUAAAAAAAAUGGGCUUGAUUAAAUUUAUUCUUUUGGUGUUUCUUUAUCACCAGUUGGUGUUUCAAGAGAAUCCGUUAAAUGGCCACAGUUACUUGGUUGAUGCAUCGGUUUUUAUCCUCUUGGAAAACACCUUGAGCCAGGACGCUCCGUCUGGUCCGGGCAACGGCACCCAGAGCCAGGACGCUCCGUCAGGUCCGGGCAACGGCACCCAGAGCCAGGACGCUCCGUCAGGUCCGGGCAACGGCACCCAGAGCCAGGACGCUCCGUCAGGUCCGGGCAACGGCACCCAGAGCCAGGACGCUCCGUCAGGUCCGGGCAACGGCACCCAGAGCCAGGACGCUCCGACUGAUUUGGGUAACGCCUUGAGCCAGGAUGCACCAUAUGGUUCUGUGACUAGCACCUCGAGUCCUUCUGAUAAAUCUACUUCAAGCCCUGUCUCUUCACCUGAUGGAAGAGCACGGUUCAAGUAAUGUUUUGCAAUGUAUGGGGGUGGUGUGUGUGUGGGUUUUUUUUUUUUUUAAUUAUCCCAAGGUGUUGUUCCUUGAUCAUCCAUGCUGUCAUAGCAACAAGUUUGUUAGCUUGAACCUGCUCUGCAGCACAGGCUUAUUUCAUGUACACCAGAUUCAAUCACUGUUUUAUAAGCACAAUUGAGACUUAAAAUCUGUCCCAGCCAAUGCUGCUCUAUAACAAGAGUAUCCUGCCGAUCCAAGGACGGUAAUUACAAAUGUACAUCUACUCUUUGAAAUAUUUGCAAUUAAACAGUAACUGUACUGGAGUCUUAAUGCUGUAGUUUCCAUUAAAAGAAGUUGGCAACACUGGAGUAUUAAUCUCUUGCUUCAGUAAAGACCUGUGAGAACAUAAAAAGAUGGCUGCAACAAAUCUUAGUUUACAUCACAACUCUAUUUGCAAAUGUUGUUUUAAUCAGUUUCUAAAAUGUCCCCUUUUACUCUAAUAAAAAGUAUACCUGGG